CUCGUCAGCCACCGACAGCCACAGCCCAGCCACUUCUAGCCACACCCUGCUUGUCCCCUCUUCAGAGGCCCUGCUCUCAGGCACUUCGCCUUCUGGGCUUACAAAAUAAUUAAAGGCAUUGGAAAGUCGCUCAGGAUGGUUAGAUCUCAGGCGAAACAGACGCCUGACGAGAAGAAGGAAACGAAGAAGAAAACGUCCUCUGCCGCUGCGAGCAAUGGCAAGAAGAAGGCGGAUACCGGAUCCUGGCCAUGUAAGAUGGAUGGGUGUAAGAAGGUGUUCGCGCGGGAGGCAGACUUGAAGAGACACCAGAGGACCACGAAGACGCACUCUAUACCUGGGUUGUACGUUCUCUCUGAAGCCCUCGUAAUGCUUGCGCCUGCGCUGAACCCGGUCCGGGGCAAUUCUAGUCAAUGUCCCCAAUGUGAUGCUACCUUCACUCGAACCGAUGCUCUGCGCCGCCAUCAGAAAUCCCGGCAUAACGGGGUCAUCAUUGAACCCGCAGAGCCAGAGAAGGACAAGCAAUCCGGUGAGGGCGCAUCUUCAGGCUCACGGUCCCCCAGUCCCACCGGUUCCCCUGCGCGCAGCCAAGGCGAAGGCAGCAUCAACGGCUCCCCACCGGCCGGCCAGUCCAGCAGCGCCGGAGGCUCGUCCGGUCGAGCCUCGAGCUACUACCGGCCGCACACCAUGCAAGACGGCUACUACGCCGCCUACGGACCUCCCCGCCCGCCUCCAGGCAUGGUUAUGGACCCGCACUACCCUCCCCCGCCCAUGGGCCUCCCGACGUCCGCCACGCGCGGGAGCUGGCAGCCCACCCCCGCUCCCCCGCCAUGGCCCGGUCCGGACGGCCAGCCCAUGGCGCCGCCCCCUCCCGGAAUGUACAUCCCCACGUCCUACUAUCCCUCCCCGUACUACCGUCAUCCGGGCGUGCCAUUGCCCCAGCACAUCCCCCAAAUCAACCCCGAGUUGCUCGCGCAGUCGAAUGGCCACUCGAACGGCAUCGGCCCGCCAGAGUCCUCCCUCCGCAAUACCAGCGCCGACACACCCACCAGCAGGACCGACGGCAAGGACAAGGACGCGCGAGCGGGCAGCGGUUCAGCCUCAACAUCCGCGCCUUCUUCAGCGGCCCCUGCGGACGACUCGAGGAUGAAUACACCUCAAGCUCAAGCUAGCACCGAUGCGGGGACGGACGACGGACCGGACGCGUCGACGCUAAUGGCCGCCGCGGCGCUGCAAGCCGUGCUCGCGUUCCAGAAGGAGCAGGAGGCGCGUGAAGCGCAGGCACAAGCCGCGAACAUGCGCGCCACCUCGACGGCCUCCCCCCCUGCACAGCCACCACCAGCCCCGGAAGCAAGUCCCCCCUCGCAAACCGUGCGGGUUGACCAACCGCCCGACGCUAGACCGUCUGUGGUGCCUGUACAAGCGGCCGCUGAGAUCGACCCCAACUUGGACACUGUCGGCGAUCCGGACCCGGACGUGCCUGCGGACGGUAUCGUUGCCUCAGAACGAGGGGAGACGUCGGAGCACUUGGAGCAGUUCGUGUCCGAGGAUGGGACCCCAAUGCUAAAUCCUGGUGAGCCGGACUUGAAGCGUGUAUUACCCCAGCUGCUGCAGAGCUGA